UUAUUUGACUUGCUGUAAUACGGAGACACAGACUGUAUAAAAGCAUACAUUCAAGAAGCUAUGGUCAGAUGGAGAAGUAGAGAAAGAGCCAGUAGGGGCAGCAACAGGCAGGUAGAGGGGAGCCAGGUGGGCCAGGCCCAUCCAGGUGUCAGACCAGGGUGUCCUCAGUUGCAGUCUAAGUGCUUCAGACCCUCCAGAAGGGUUAGUUAGAGCAUGGCUAAGAUCAUAGGGGUAGAUGAUAAUCAAUAGUGUUGCUGUGGACACUGGAUAAUCUAACACACACCUGUUAAACCUCGCUGUGAUACUGUAGACCUACUUAUGUUACUUUUCUGAGUCAAUUCAGGUAGCAUUCAAUGUCCUGUGUUUGUGUUAACCAUGGCAGCCAGCAUUUCAAAGAAACAAUUUAUUUCAGUGUCUAGUUGAGAAAAUUAAGGAGUCUAUUGAUUCAGUCCUUGUUUCGUUUUCACUUAUUGUUACCUGGUAAAUAACCAAGAACCAUGGAAACCAGCUGAACCCAAUAAUUGAGGUAGCCUAGUAAAUGAUACGCCCCUCUGGUAUGUUCAAUUGGGAACUGUCUGGGAGUCGUUUCCCUGUUUACUACUCAAAUAUAUUUGACUUAAUAUGUCUAUAACGAAAUGAACUGCAAUACACUGGUCUGAAAUAUAUUAGCAUAACUAGGCUACACAGAACAAAAGCGGACCCAUUGUAAAUUGAGAGUCUUUUUUAGUAUUAAAACGUAUCCCAGUGCAACAUGCCCAGCUCUAACCACUGGGGCGUGGCUUACGGAGCACUCUUUGAAAUGAGCGCUCGUAACGCCGUGUUCCAACUGAUCGAGUUAUCUCACCACACCGGCAGUGUCUGGGCCGCGUUAUCGCCACAAAAGAACCAAAGCCUGGGGCAAGAGUCUGUGGCUCUCUUAGAGUGGUGGUCUGGCACUGAAGUCACGCUCUACACAGACCCAGAGAACUACCGACUCUACGGUAAAGAGAAUGCCAUCGUCGUCCUCAACCACAACUUUGAAAUAGACUUUCUGUGUGGCUGGACCUUCUGUGACCGAUUCGGGGUACUUGGGGCCUCCAAAUGUUUAGCCAAGAAAGAGUUGUCGUACCUGCCUGUGAUUGGCUGGAUGUGGUACUUCCUGGAGAUGGUGUUUAUUAAGAGGAAGUGGGAGGAGGAUAAGAGGAACUUUGUCCAGAGUCUUCAGAACCUACGGGAUUACCCUGAGAACUUCUGGUUCUUGCUCCACUGUGAGGGAACACGCUUCACAGAGGAGAAGCAUCGGGUCAGUAUGGAGGUGGCAGAGAAGAAAAGCCUGCCCAAACUCAAACACCACCUCCUGCCCAGGACCAAGGGUUUCUGGGUUGCCGUCCAGAACCUCAGGGGGACAGUUGCUGCGGUGUACUGUUGUACAUUAAAUUUCAGAAACAACGAAACUCCAACCUUGUUGGGGGUUCUCAAUGGGGAAAAGUAUCAUCCAGAUUUAUAUGUAAGGAGAAUCCCACUGGAGUCCAUACCAGAGGAUGAGGCCGAGUGUUCUGCCUGGCUUCAUAAACUCUACCAGGAAAAGGACAAGUUCCAGGAGGACUACAGCCAGACAGGGUGUUUCCCAGGCCCCAAAGUUACCCCGCCAUGCAGACCCUGGGCCCUGAUCAACUGGCUGGGCUGGACCUGCCUUCUUCUAUACCCCCUCUGCCUCCUCCUGGUCCAGCUGGUCAACUCUGGGUCUAUUCUCAGCAUCCUGGCCACAGUUGCUUUCUGCGCUGCAGUGUCAGUCGGUGGGCGCUGGAUGAUUGGACAGACUGAGGUUAAGAGAAGCUCCAGCUAUGGGGUCCCACUGAACAACAAAUGAGGGGAUGACCUUUAAAACUUCAACCAAGUUCAAUUUACAAUUGCAAGAUUGAUUUCUUGCUAGCACCAGAGCGUCACUCACAUUACUAAUCUGAUAACUACAGCACAGUUCACCUCAAACAGUUAAAUUAAUUCCAAGAAAUACUUGGUAACUGGUCAGGGAUAGCAUUGAAGUAAAUUCAAACAGGGUUGACUGGUGCUUAAGUCUUGAGGGCACACCUGUCUGCUAAUGGCAGUCUAAUGUGACGUCUUCAUCUUGCCGAUACAUGGGAAUGUACUGAACCUAUACAAAGCACAGAUACGUGCAGGGCAUGCAUCCAGCAUCUUUGUUGUUCAAGAUGUGUGACUAAAAUUGGCACUGUUGUGACUUUGUUAAAUGCACUUUUAUUAGUUGUGAUUUGAUAUGUGAAUGGACAAUGUUUAUUUGCAUGCAUCACAUUUUUUCUGUAAUAAAGACCAAAGAAUGAAAGCUGUAAAAAACA